CAGUACUGAAACAUAUCUGAGUACUGAAAUAUGUAUUAGUUAUGUUUUGAGAAAAAGGUCAAACAUAUUUCAACAAAUGGGUGCCUUUGUUAUGAUUAAUGCAGUUAAUGAAAGUCUGUUACUGUUGAAGUAAAAUAUCUCCAUAUUUCUGAAUUUUUUAUAGAAGAUAAUGUCAGUUUCCUGUUGACUUUUUUUCUGGUUAGCUUUUGCAUAUUCAUAGCAGCGUGGAAGUGGUGGGAAGGAUCUACAUAAACAACACUCAAUUGGUCUGAAACCACAUCCUUCGUCACGACACCAAUGAUGAUGCCUUUACAGUGACACUGACAUUGUUCCAUGAAACAUUCACACAGACUCAAGCGUGUCAGUGACUCAGUUGCUGAACGUUUUGGUGGAAGGAUAAAUUAGUUUCAGAUGCUGUUUUAUUCUGUCUAACCAGCGGCUGAUAACAGUGGAUUUUCCCCAUGGCUCUUAAACACCUGCUCUUAUUGUUGCUGUGGAUCUUCAAUUUGUUUCCUCAUGUUGUCACAUCUUUGUGCAAUGUCAGCUGCACAACAGACUUUGUGGUCUCACUGAACUGUUCCUGCUUGGGUUCUUUGCCGCCAUCCGCUGUCCUUCUCAGUGUCAACUGCAGUUAUUACCAGAAUCUGUUUCAUGGCAGCUGUGAAGUCAAACCCCCUCAGUCAUGGUGCGUAGUGCAUUCGGAGCAGUUUGAGGAAAUUACAUACCUUGAAACUUACUGUACCACGACAGUCAGUCAACAGGGUGUUGAUCGAGUUUUAGUGAAUGCCAGUGAGCCGUGGGGACUGGGUUAUGUGGUGAAACCUCAAAGACCUAUCGAUGUCCAAGUGAGAAAUACUGAUGGAUUCUACAACAUCACCUGGGACCACAUCAACACUGUAGACUGUCUCAUAUACAGGGUGUGCGUGAGAGAGAGCAAGAACUUGUCAAAGGAUCCAGUAUAUUCCAUUUCAGGGGUACAAAACAGACUGAUCCUGUUGGACAGUGAGAAGCUCCAAGCACAUGUGAAUUACACUGUGGAUGUUCAGGCCAAAAUGUGUCCUGAUUAUAUUUAUAUGGGUCCUUGGAGCGAGUGGAGUUCCAGUGCAGAAUGGACAACUACAGGAACUUCAGAGAUUAAAGGAAUUAAUGGGCAUUGGUGGUACAUCUCCCUGCCUGUCAUUCUUGUCCUUCUUGUGUUGCUGGGUUAUUCCAAGAAAUUGUGGUGGAAGAAAAAACUCCAGAGGAUUUUAUACAUCCCCAAAGCAGAUGAGUUUUUCAAGCCUCUCGACUUCAGCCAUGGAGGGAACUUCAAGGAGUGGGUGAAACCUAUAUUCAGAGAGUGUGAUUACGUGAUGAUCAACUCUAAUGCUCAGAUGAUUGGUGAGACGCAGCACAAAGUCCUUCAAUGGAACAACGAGAAGCAAAGUAACAGCGAGGGCAACGGGAUGGAUGGAGGUGUUGAUCUCUUCCACGCGUUGCAGCCUCGCAGCGGCUCAAUGCUGUUCUUCCAGGACGGUGGCAGUUCACAGGGCGCUGGUCACUCCACCGGACAUGUAUCCAUCCAUACCGUAACCCUCUCUGGAGGAGAAGAGUUUGAGGAGGAAGUGGUGUCACAGAGCUCUGUCAACACCUACAGAAGUUUCCAAGAUAGAGAAAAUGUUGGUUCUUUUGAGGGUGACAACAGAGAUCACUCUCGAUAUGCUUUAGAAGAACCUCAUAGGCGAAGUGGAAUAUCCAAUGACUUAUUAGCGGAAAAUAGAAACUUUCAGCCGCCUGCACAGAUUAUUGAACAAGAGAGGGUAUCACUGGACUCGUUCGCCUCGAACGAGCACUCAGAAGAUGGCUACCCUCACAUGGACCUAGACACUAUUGACAGUGGAUUUGGAGAGUGCAGCAGCCCUGGAGCCUCAGACUCAAAGAUGUUAGAGCAGAUCAACUCUGAACUAUGUCAUGAUCACAAAAGCUCCAAUUCUAACUAUGUAAAACAGUGGAUGAUAUGUGGCCCUAUACAAGAAGGCUCCAGCAACUCAGAGAAUGAACUUUUCGAAACACCGUGAUUUUUCUGCUCAUUUACUUAAAUGUUUUCAGUAUCCUUGGCGAUGCAUUCAUUUGAAAGGCUAUGUCCCUGUGUAAAUUGGAUGUUAUAACAGUGUAAUGUGGUGUAAUAUAGGAGUAAUAUUGGUAACACAUGGAUGUAAUAUGGGUCUUAUAACAGUGUAAUACGGGUGCAAUAACUAUGUAACAUGGCUAUAACAUGGGUACAGUAAGGGUGUAAUAUGGGUGUUACUAUGAUGUAACAUGGGUUUAUUAAUCGAGUAAUAUGGUCAUAAUACAGGUGUAUUAAUGGUGUCAUAGGGGUAUAUCCAUGUGUAAUAUGGGUGUAAUUAGAGUGUAAUAUGGAAUGCAAUGAAGACAAUAGCAAUAAUCUUCAAAAAUGUUGAGUGCCCAUUUAAAAGAUGGACAUAAUUGUUGAUAUUUCCAUAAAAUACACUUUGAUUUUAAGUUAAUCGGCAGUAUCGGCUCAGCAUUUACUUCUGUAUAUACUAUUCCUCAUAGUUAGUUGUGAACUUUGUUCUAUGUAUAUACUGUAUUUUAUAAAAUAAAAAGAAACCUCCAAGGAACAUGAGACAUGGAUGAAGUUGGAGAGAGAGCAGCAACUUUAGAUUAAGAUCAGCUUUUAUUCAUCCCCGAAAGGUGAAAUUCUUAAAGUAUCUGAAGUAUGCUCACAUAAAAAUAUAUAUAUUUUCCAGUUUGAAAUGAUAUUCAGAUCAUUCCAUCAAUUAGUGGUUAAUUACUUAAAGACUGAAAAAUAAAAUGAAUGAAAAAUGUAAACUCCCAAACACAAUAAACUGAUUUUCACCUUG